AGGACAACUGUGCGAAAACGGACAAACAUUCACCGUGAAAUGGUGGAGUCUCACGGUCGUUAGUUGGAUUGUAUUUUGAGGAUUUUCUUUUUCUUUUUUUUUUUUAAAUCUUCUUGACGUUUAUUAUCAGUUUAUCAUGACACUUCUGGUCUACCUGACCUUACUGACAACAGCAGUCAUCACACAGGUGAGAAGUUUCUCUUCUGAUAGAGGGUUUUGGUUGAGCUGAAAGUCUGUUUACAUGAUUACUUUUUCAAAAUCGAGAUUAUUUUAAUACGUUUUCUAUCAGAGAGUAAAAAAGUUGAUCAAUCUUUGCCCUGAAGAGGAGGCUAUGACUGUCAUAAACAUGCAUAAGUGUAAAUAAAACAGAAAUUGGCUGCAUAGAGAGUUUAUAGACAUGUUUAAUCAUCAGAGAGUUGCUCUUGAUAAAGAAAACAAAUGAUUAACAGUGAUCUCUCUGGUGCCUUCAACCUUAAUAGUGGAUAAACCAAAGUUUUGUAAACAUAGUGAAGUAAGUGAAGUUUUAAUCUCAGUAAUUCUUAUUAAACAAUGAGUGUAGAUUUCCUUCCUGGCAUUAGCAUGUCUGCUCACGUCCCUUUUGAAGCACAGUAUUAUGUUGAUACUACUGAGUGAAACAAGUUGGCUCUAGCACCCAGAGAUGAUUCAAAUCAGGAGCCAACAAGGGACUUGGUACAAAUCUGUCUGUCUAGACACACAAAGGCUGACUGGCCGGCUCCAGCUUGACUUUGUGUGCUUCAAAAAUCUCAACCAAUCUUAGCAGAAGAUAUUAAAUCAAAAAUAAGAAAAGAAAAGAUGACACUAUGUGAACUGAACCCAAUAAUCUAGAAUAAUCUACAUCUACUUUACGUCUGAAUUUUCCCAUUUCUUCUAAAAAAGACACAUCUCUAUCUUUUCCUUCAGGUAUCUGCUGGCUGCCCAGCUGUGUGUGAGUGCCCCACAGAGCCCCUGAUUUGCCCCCCAGGAGUUAGCGCCGUGCCAGAUGUAUGUGGGUGCUGCAAGGUGUGUGCAGCACAGCUCAACCAGGACUGCAGCCCCAUGAGGCCUUGUGACCACCACAAAGGGCUGGAGUGUAAUUACGGCAACGAUGUGAGCAUGGCCUGGGGCGUCUGUCGAGGUGAGUGGGGGGGGGGGGGGCACCUCGAAAAGAGAAGCCUUUGUUACACAUGGGAACUUUUUGUCUUGGUUUUCACAGGAUAGUAUUGAAAAAAGUCUGAAUAUUCUUGACUAUCAAACCGAAUUCAAGUGGUGGUAAAAAGCAACAUGCAAACUCGCACAUCAAGAAACAAGCAGGGGUGUACUUUAAUGAGUAGUACAUGUUUCAUGAUGGCAACAGGGGGGGUUUCACAGAUAAAAAUACACUCCCCCAUGUUCACUAUGCCAGUGCUGCCCCCACAAACUAUGAAUAGCUGCCUCUUCUCUUCUUAGGAAACAUGGUAUUUAACACUUCCUGUGUCCUUAUUUCUAAAGCCUCUGUGUUGAGUUAUUGUGAGGUUGUUUUUAUUUUUUGGUUAAACAGGAGAACUUAUUAUUUUACAGUGAGAGUGUCUGUUUAAUUAUCCUCAAACGCUGUAGUGAAAGUUCAGUCAUUGAUAUCUUUGAAGCAGUUGGAUGCACUUGUGUUUCUGAAUGGUUGCCUUUUGGUUGGCGUGCUACACAUCCCGCCACACUCAAUGUGUGUGUGUUGUGAUGUGUUGUUUUAACUGAGUUGUUUGUUUCCUUUUAGCAAAAUCAGAGGGACGCACCUGUGAGUACAGCGGCAGGAUCUACCAGAAUGGUGAGACUUUCCGCGCUGGCUGUAAACACCAGUGUACCUGCAUAGACAGCGCUGUCGGCUGUGCUCCUCUCUGUAACAACAAGCUGCCUCCGGCCUCUCCAUCGUGCCCCUACCCACGGCUGGUCAGGAUACCCGGGCAGUGCUGCUUCAGUGUGGACUGCAAUAAAGGCACUUGGAGGCUUCCACCCAAGUAUAAGGUACGUUUACUAAUCAUAAUGACAAAACACUCUUUCAAUGAGGGACAGACAAAUAUUAAACUUCCUGUGAGGAACUUUGGGUUUGUGGUGAUUUUGGCGCCCCCUAUGGACAAGGAAGUACCUCUAAUCUCUCUGCUCCCCUUGUUUUUUACAUGUGCAACCAGUGUUUUCUGAUAGAAUCUUCUCAUGUUUUCUUGUUACAGUCAAAUAAACCACUCACUGUUAGUCAUUACCAUGGAAAAUGUAAACAAAGGCUGUUUCUGCAGGACGCUGCGAAUAGUUGGCUACCAUUUGACACCUACUUGGUGGCAGUCAGUACGUUUACAUGACACUUGAGUAAACCAAAUUAUCACCUUACUUCGAUUAAGAUCGGACAACUGAAGUGCAUGUAAACACCUUAGUCUCUGAUUAAGAUAACUCUGAUUAAGACAUCCAGAAAAUGCGAUUGGAAUUCGAUUUUCUCUACCAUGUAACCAGCAUAGUCGGAGUAUGAUUGGACAAUAAAUGUGCGUGUGCACCACGCCCCUGUAACCCCAGAACAAAAACACCAGAGAAGAGGAGUAGCAUGCAUCUCGUCUGCAGAAAAAGUAGCGCGCACAUUAUGUCCAUCUUCUUGCUUGAAAAUGCCCAGCAGCAGAUGUAGCCACUUCUGUUGUUGUAUGGGGUCAAUCGGAAACAGCGCCACUGAAAAGACCCAAAUCGCCCCCUAGUUUUGGGGAGGAGGACACGGUCAUGUCAAUAAUUCAAUUUUCUCAGCUGCAUGUAUACAUGGAGAAAGACAUAAGUUUGAUUUAGUGAAAAAACGAAUUAUGAGCUUAGUUCGAUUAAGCUGUACAUGUAAACGCGCCGACUGAUUACAAGCAUUGAUGAUAACUAAAUAUAAAUCCUGUCACUGAUGGACUUGUUUGCCUUUUAGGUCACAGUGAAGCUUCAGUAUUACUAAAAACUCCUUAAUGAAGCUUUAAACAGUAUUGUCUUGACGUAGGAAAAAAUUCCUGUUAAACUGUGUCAAAAACUCUUCGUGCUUAAAUCAUAAUGAAGACUCCAGCUGGCUCAAAAAUUCAGCUAACCCUCUCAUAAUCAGGGCGCCAUGGUGUUAAAAACACUGUGAAAAACACACAGAAGACAGACAUAACUCCAUCUCAGAUAAAUCCCCUCGCAAACAGCACUGUCUCUUCUUAUCUUAACCUCAUGUAACAGGUACCUCCACCACAACAACACCUGCCCAGACCACAGCACCAUCCUGCCCCGCAGAAGCCUGAAAACAAGCUGGUCAAUGUGCUGACAGACUUCAAGUCUGACGGCUGGGAGAGGGAACACGGCUACAAACACCUGCUGGGUGAGAGACUGAGAGGGGAUUAGGUGGUAUCAGUUAUGACACUAGACUCAGAUUUUUGUCAUGCAUGUUGUUCAGUGGUGGGUACAGGUCUUGAUGCAUGUAUGGCUAGUGAUUUAUAUGUGAAUUCAACAAAGUCAUAUAAUCUAAUUCAAUAUCUAAAACCUUAAACUUGUCAUCAUCUCAACAAAAAACAAGAGAGUAGGACAUAGACUAAAAUGCUUGUAUGCUUCCGGGGUUCAAAUAAAUAGAGUAGCUGUUAAUUUUUUGAUUUUUACAAUCUCAGUCACUCUUUUAUUUCUUCUUUAGGGUCACCUUUCGUCACCAUUGUAGUUCAAACAAUUUUGCCUGAGGUUUAGCAUAAAAACAUGAAAUCAAUGGCAAGUGAGAACUGAUCAAAAAGUAUAGCCAUGGCAUAUUAAAAUGUGUUUUUUCCAGUAUUUGUUUACAGAGUAAAGCUUUGCAUUGAUACAUUUUGCAGGAUAAUGACACCCACUAAAGUAACUUAUUCCUAAAGUAUAGGGAUGCAAUUUUUUGUUUAAGGGUGCAUGUGUGUUUUCUAAAUUCAAUCCUAAUCUAAUGAAAUUAAAUAAAUGUUGACUGGAAGUAGUCACACUGUCGUCAAAGUCAACUAAUAAGUUAUCCAAACAUUAUAAAUACUUUGCCCCUUGUUUGCAAUCAAUCAAAGAAGCUACCAUUCAUAAAGCUACACUGGCUAAAAAAGACUUUUAAAAUGCAUCUUAUUUUUAUGUAAUAUAAUUUUCUUUUAUUUUUCUUACUCGUGAGUUAUCCUGUGUGCCCAUAAGUGGUCCUAACUCCAGGAUGCAAGCUGCUGGCCUGACUAGUGUUAUAGUUUUUGUCCCUGUCUUCACUCUUCCACAGUGUGGAAUAAUCUGAAGGAGAAGAAGUGUCCAGUUCAGACCACUGAAUGGUCCCAGUGCUCCCGCAGCUGUGGGAUGGGCAUAUCCUCUAGGAUCACUAACAAGAACCCCCAGUGCAAGCUGGAGAGGGAGACCAGAAUCUGCACCAUCCGGCCAUGUGACGUCCUCACAGUCCCAGCUAAGGUGAAGGAAACUCGACAUGACUCAAACUGCUGCAGACAGACAGACAGACAGACAGACAGACAAAGAGCAGAGGUCGAACAUCAACACAACUUAUCUCAAAAUUUAUCUCUCAUGGCCGAACUUUGACACUCUGUAAUAACACUUAAAAACAAGGAAGUAAUUCACCUUCAAACUGUGUCUGACGACACUUGAAGAAACAAAAUAGCUGCUUCCUUGUUUCCCUCUUUAACCAGAGACUGAACAUGUUGAAUUCAUGCGGCAAAGAAUGAAAAAUUAGAUGGUCUUGUUCAGAGUAAAUAUGCUCUUCGUGCCAAAGCCAUCUUUAUCUCCAGUUUAAGAACAGAGAUUAUCUCAGCGGUACUUUGGGGAAGCGCCACAUCCAGUGGGAACCGGGCAGUGCUGAUUUACACAGCCGUGUUUUGGUGGCAGGCAGGCGCCUUUUUAAAUAUAGUCCCCCACCCCCGGCAUUCCUGCCAAGCAACUGUCCAUAGCUAGGCCCCGUCUGUGUACUCAGAGUCCAGGGAUGUGGUGUGUCUAUAUUAAUCCUCCAUGUUGGAGAAACACUCAAAGGCCUUUUCUCUGCUUCACUGAGUUAAAAUCUCUGAAGCCAAGACCAAUCAGGUGUCAGUGUGUUUAACAGGAAGGCACACUAAAAUGUUGAAUAGAUGCGUAAUCUUAUAAUUGAUCUCUUAAAUCCAAAAAUAAUCCAUCUCUUAAUCCCAGUUUGGGCACAACAAGUUGAAGUGCAGUCCUCUUAAUAUGGAAGUAAUGAGUUUGGAUGCAAGCCGCUUAAAUUUGACGUUACGUAAAAGGACAUUUGAGUCUAAGCUCAAAAUGGUCAUAUCACUUGUUUGGCUUAAAACUCCUCAUCAAGACCUUUAAACUUCACCUUUUUUUUUUUUUACCUGAUCCUCCAGUUACAGAAAGGGAAGAAGUGCUCUCCAGCCCAGAAAGCCUCCGAGCCCACCCGCCUGUCCUACGGAGAGUGUUUGAGCGCCCGUCUUUACAGGCCCAACUACUGUGGCGUCUGCACAGACAACCGCUGCUGCUCGCCACGCCGCACACGCACUCUGCCUGUGAUAUUUGUCUGCCCGGAUGGCGAGCGUUUCCAAAGGCUGGCCAUGUUCAUCCAGUCAUGUAAAUGCAGCGAUGACUGCGGCCACUUAAAUGAAGUGGCGCUCCCUCCGCAACACUGGAUGUACGGAGACACACACAAGUUCAUCGACUAG